UGCCUGUCGUAAAACAGUAGUACACACUGGCACCAAAACAAGGCGAUCUUCUAGCGCAGUAGUUCAGUUCAGAUCGUUGAUCUUCACAGCGUAUUCGUUGAGAUCUUACAUAAGUGAUAAGUGUUUGAAGGUUUUCGGUUACGCCGCAGCGAGCAUGACUUGAAACACCAUUAGUGAAUAAACAAAUUAUCAAAUUAUAUAAAAAAUAGAAAAGCUGCCAGCAGCUCACGACACAGAGUCAUUUGCGGUAUGGCCGACCAUCAUCCAUCCACGAGCAAGCCCCCCUCCUCCGACCAGGACACGCGUCUGCAGUUUCUAGAGCACUUUGACGACAUCUUCAAGUGUACAAUCUGUCUAAUCAAACUGGAUGACCCUCACCUGUGUCCUCGCUGUUCCAAGCUCUACUGCUACGACUGCAUCUCGGAAUGGUUGCUCUCCGAGUCCGAGCAGCACUUGUACUGUCCAAACUGCAAAUUCGACCUCCAACUGGACAAGCUGGUGAAAGUACGUUGGUUCGAGGAGGUGGAAAAACUACAACGAAACUGCCUUGAACCGGCAGCGACGACGUCUUCGACGAACAAACCAACGACGUCGAGCGGCGCCGCUCCGCACAGUAACGGUGCCAUCGCCAAGAAGAAGGACAUCUGUCCGAAGCACCUGAGAGGCAUCAACUUCUACUGCUGUAGCUGUAAGCUGUGCGUUUGCGAUGAAUGUGCCGUGGCGGACGAGCACCAUCUGGAUCAUACGUUCAAGAGUUUGGACGUGAUCUAUGACAGCAACCUGCAGAUUGCGGAAGAAGAGUUCGAGAAGGUUAGACAUUACACGAAGAAGAUUGCGUCGCUGGUCGAGAAAGUGGAACGCAACGUGGAGCUGGUGAAGAAGGUGAAGGAGGAGAAACUCAGGGAGAUUCGAUCGAUCGCGGAAAGUGCCAUCGAAGGGCUCGAAAGGCAGGUCAAUGACAAACUGCAGAAGCUGCAGGGCCACAAGUAUGCGCUGAUGGCCGAAAUGCAGGACAUCGAACAGUCGCUCCGGCUUAUGGAGGGAGAGGUGAUGGCGAGCAGCCGGUCGCAGUUUAUUGCGAAAAAGUCUAGAAUUUUCAAGGAGUGCAACAAGAUUCGGAUGAACCCGAUCAAGGACUUUAAGCAGAUUCGGGUGCCGGUUAGUUUGAAAAUCGAAAUUCCAAUCAUCUACGAGACUGGCAUUUUUGUGAUAGAAAACUUUUCCUCCUUCGAUGACAACAAGGUGGCCUAUUCAAACGAAUUUACCGACAACUUUGGCCACAUCUGGCGCAUCAUGGUGUGGUGCGUGAUCUCCGAGGAUCAGCUGGGAAUCUAUCUGGAACUGGUCGAAGGAUUGCCUUGCUGGAUGGAAUGUCGCUUUCAGCUGUUGCAUCCGGAGUCCAAGCGCAUCAUCCACAAGAAAAUCACCCAGCAUUUUGAUCGAUCCACCCAGAAGGACUGGGGAUUCCGCGAUUUCGUAGCCCUGAAGACCAUUCUGGACGACAACUAUCUGAAGGACGACGACUCGCUGGAAUUGUUGUAUCACAUUCGACCGUGUGGCGGCACUGGAAGCGGCAGCGGCGGUGACUUUGAGUAAAUAAUCCGGAAUCGACUGAUUAACACGAUAAUUACGAGAGAUGUACAGACUGCGCCGACCUCCUUACCUCGAGUAAAUGAAGUGUUCUUUUUAUCACUUGA